CAUUAACUUUAUCACCUUCAUCAUCUUCAUCUGCUUUCAUAUUUAUCUUUUUAUUCAUCUUUGUCACUAGAAAUCACUGGCUUUUCUAGUUUUUGCUUUUAUUUUUACUCAUCAUUUUUACUUUUAUAGAAGUCUGUUUUGUUAAAAAUAACCUCAAAAACUGAUAUUAAAAAUCGUAUUCAAAUCAUUUUAAGCUAUCAUUUUGAUUUAUCUUGAAAAAUGUCCAAAUCUUGCAAAUAUUCCUCCAUAAAAUACAGCCAUCAAAAAUUCAAAAAUAAUAUCAAUUAUGUCUUGAAAUUCAUAACAGAAUCUUCCCAAGGUAGAGAAUGCUAUAAAUUAAACAGAUCAAAAAAAUUGCAAAAAAGACUAUUAAAUCCUAAAACUGAAAUUUCUUUGGAGAUUGUUGAUCUAGAAAUGAAUAAAAACAUUUCAAUUAAUUCUUUGGAGACCUAUUAUUUAACUGUUUCUCUCUUAGAAUGUGGUUCCAAUGAUCCUGUUGUUGAUAAUAGUAAAAGAAACUUUAUCACUGAAAAUCCUUAUUUUGUUGAUCCUGAAAAUAGAUUAAUUGGUCAAAGAGUUAUUACUGGUGAGCUAUGCAACUAUAAAAACUAUUACAAAUUUGAUUUUAAAGAUUUAUGCAUAACUAAAAAAGGAAAUUACAAUUUAUUAUUUUCAUUGUUUAAAAUAAAUCAAAAGUUAGGCUCAACCUAUAUCAAAUCAAUACAAAGUGGUCCAAUAAUGGUUUUAACCUCAGGUAAUUACUAUUCUGCUGAAAAUAGAUCAAAAAGAGCAACUAUAAAAUCAGAUCAAACCAAAAAUAAAACUAAAAAUUCAAACGAAACUUUUAAUAAAAGUUUUUCUACUAUGGUGAUCAAAUCUCAAUCCUCCAGCUCGUUAAAAAGUAAUAUAAAUAUAAAUAAAUUUAAUAUUUCAAAAAACUCUUUAAUUAAAAAAGAAAAACUUAAGAUUAAUAGUCCAAAACUCGAAAAUACUGAUACUCCUUCCACUAUUACUACUAAUAAUAGUGUCAAGAAAAAUCUAAAAAAUUUAGUUAUUAAUAACAAUAUUAAUACUAGCACUAGCACUGAUAAUAGUUUAGACCCCUUAAUCAAAACAGAAAUGCUCGAACUGGUCUUUUCACUUACCUCAGAUUCUACUUUCAAUUACAAUGAUUCUUCUGCUACUGGUAAUUCUACUCCUACUACUGAUAAUUUUACUGAUUUUUGCAAAUCUAUCCCAAAUAGUGUUAUUAAUACCCCAAAUUCAACAUACAGUAUUAUAAAUGAUAGUGAUAUCAACAAUAAUGCUCUUCUCAAUGAGGAUAUUCGGGAAAAUCCAGAUUUUUAUCCAGAAAUAAUAAAUCGUGUUUAUGACUCUAUUAAUUCAACUGAUUCAAAUUUCGAUCAAUUAUUUUUAUCAAUUUUAAAGGAAUCCUAUUCUGAUCAGAAUCUUAAUAGUCCAAUAGUAAGUUUAGAUAAUCAAGUUAUCUCCAAAGUUAGUGAUGAUUUGAAUAACAAGAUGAUUAAUGAUUGGAAUAAUUUUAACAAUAUUUUACCUAAAGAAGAAUUCCCUUAUUUAUCUUAUUUAUUUAACCGAGAUUCCUUUAUUGAUGGUUUUCCAACAAUAUCAAUGUUUGAAGACUUGAGUAGUAUCAGCAGUUUAUAAAUUGAACUUCAAAGCAUUAAUCCUACAUGUAUCAGUUAUAUUUAUUAAAAUUUAAUUAUUUUUUUGAUUUAUUUUUUCUCUUGUUUUUAUUUUGU